GGCUGCACGGUGUUUUGAAGUACUCUGUCUCAGUCCACUGACAGGCAGUCAGUUCAGCCACUUCCUCUCAUCAGAGACAGGAGACAAUUUGACUGAGGCAACAACAAGCAGCCAAGAGUGGACUAUAGAAAGAAAAAAAAGAAUUGUAUUAAGAGGAAAAAAGAGAGAGACGGAGAGAGAAAGACAUGGACAAACUGUUGACAGGUGUGUUUAUGCUCUUUGUGCUCCCGGGGCCUGUUUCCUGUACAGACGCUUUUUGGACUGAACCAGCCAUCUGCUAUGUCCUGGAUGGGAUCCUGCUCAUUUACUGCAUCGUUGCCACUGUGUUGCUCUUCAGAGAAAAGUUUUCCUCUGAACCUGCGGAAGUGGUUGAAGAUAAAAGCUGCAUUUACCAGGAGCUUGAGAGACCAAAGGAUGCCGAUCCUUAUGAGAUUCUUGAACCAUCAAAAAGAAAACAAAAGGCUGGAAAGAAAAAGAAAGCCCAGUCGACCCAACCUGAGGAGAAGGAGAAAGAUUCGAGCCCGGGCGUCGCACCUCCACCUCUGUCCCCCCGCUGAUGUCCUGCAUAGUCACUCCUGGCUCAAGAGACAGCACUGUUCACCGCAGCCGAGAUGAUUAGCUGAUUAAAUCAAUGAGUUCAUAGAUAGUGUUACAAUUAGCAUACACUCUAUGUUAUAACUCAUUGUGUUUCAGACAUUUAUCAAGCAAAAAUACCAAAUAUUCUGUGGAUCCAGCUUCUCAGUUUUGAUGAUUUAUGGAUUUUUUUAAUGUAAAUUAAGUAUCUUCAGGUUUUCAGCUGCUGGUUGAUCAGUUUACAGUAAAUUGUGUUAUUCCUCUAUUUUCUCAAAAAUGUAAAGUAAUCAAUAAAGAAAGUGACAAAUUAUUUCUAAACAUAUAUAUUUUUUUUUUAUAAAUGUUAAUAGCACAUUACAAUAUAGGUAAGGAGAUAUUAGGACAUUAAGUAUUUAGUAUGUACAGUAUUCAGCAACUAUGCAGACACAUUGUACAACUGUUACUGUAUCUUUUGAAUAAACCAACCUCCACAAGACAAAUUCAUUAAUAAUUAAUAAAGUUGUAUCAGCUUACGACUACAUCAGUGCUUUAACCUGAUACUUGUUUUCAAUUUUUAUUAUAUUAAAUUCUGGACCAAAAGACAGACUGGUACGCUUUAUCGUGCGAAUCCCAAUAAAAGACAGAGCACAUGUCGAAUCA